GAAGUACUUGGCCACACCUGCAACAUCAGUACCCUGUGAAAGGUUGUUUUCUCUUGCUGGUCAUAUUGUACAGAAGAAGAGAGUUUCUUUAUCAUCUGAAAAUGUAAAUAACCUUGUGUGUCUUAGCAACUGGCUUGGUGCAGAGGAGUAAAUAGGUUACACACCUAAAAUAUAUCUGUCCAAUCUGGUGGGAAGAAAAAUCUGGCAGAUGGACCCACAAGCAGGAAUAUCUCAGAAGGACAUCUAAUGUUAUCCCCGGAUUGUGACAUAAAAGAUAAUGACAGCAGACAGGAUUCUCCAGGAGAUAAUCCCAUUACCCCAAUUAUACAUCCAGCUCUAUCAGCUGAUCCCUCUGAUCCUGGGAAAUGUUCUCCUGAUCACUCUGAUAUUGGUGCAUCUGUUACAGCUCUGAGAGUAGAUACAGUGUUUCCCUGUUCUAUAGAUGCCAAAUGUUUUACACAGAACACAAAGCUUAUUACCCAUCUGGCAGCUAAGGCAGGUGAGAAGCCACUGAUAUGUUCUGAGUGUGGGAAAUGUUUUACCUGCAAAUCACAACUUGUUUCACAUCAGUGCAGUCACAAAGGUCAGAAGCCAUUUCCAUGUUCUGAGUGUGGGAAAUGUUUUACAGAGAAAUCACAUCUUGUUACACAUCAGAGACGUCACACAGGUGAGAACCUAUUACCAUGUUCUGAGUGUGGGAAAUGUUUUACACUGAAAUCACAUCUUGUUACACAUCAGCGAAGUCACACAGGUGAGACUCCAUUUCCAUGUUCUGAGUGUGGGAAAUGUUUUACAUACAAAUCACUUCUUGUAAUACAUAAGAGAAUACAUACAGGUGAGAAACCAUAUUCCUGUUCUGAGUGUGGGAAAUGUUUUACAUACAAAUCAACUCUUGAUGCACAUAAGAGAAGUCACACAGGUAUAUCACCAUUUCCAUGUUCUGAGUGUGGGAAAUAUUUUGCACAGAAAUCACAACUUGCUAGACAUCAAAGAAUUCACACAGGUGAGAGGCCAUUUCCAUGUUCUGACUGUGGAAAAUGUUUUGCACAGAAAUCACAUCUUUUUGCACAUCAGCAAAGUCACACAGCUGAGAAGCCAUUUCCAUGUCAUGAGUGUGGGAAAUGUUUUACACACAAAUCAGAUCUGGUUAGUCAUAACAAAAGUCACACAGGUGAGAAGGCAUUUUCUUGCUCUGAGUGUGGGAAAUGUUUUGCCCGGAAAUCAGAACUUGUUAGACAUCAGCGAAGUCACACAGGUGAGAAGCCAUUUUCUUGCUCGGAGUGUGGGAAAUGUUUUGCCCAGAAAUCAAAUCUUGUUAUACAUCAGCGAAGUCACACAGGUGAGAGGCCAUUUCCAUGUCCUGAGUGUGGGAAAUGUUUUGCACACAAAUCAGAGCUUGUUAGUCAUAACAGAAGUCACACGGGUGAGAAUCCAAUUUCUUGCACUGAGUGUGGGAAAUGUUUUACACGGAAAUCACAACUUGUUAAACAUCAGAGAAGUCACACAGGUGAGAAGCCAUUUGCAUGUUCUGAGUGUGGGAAAUGUUUUACAGAGAAAUCACAUCUUGUUACACAUCAGAGACGUCACACAGGUGAGAACCUAUUACCAUGUUCUGAGUGUGGGAAAUGUUUUACACUGAAAUCACAUCUUGUUACACAUCAGCGAAAUCACACUGGUGAAAAGCCAUUUCCAUGUUCUGAGUGCGGGAAAUGUUUCACCCGGAAAUCACAACUUGUUAAACAUCAGCGAAGUCACACAGGUGAGACUCCAUUUCCAUGUUCUGAGUGUGGGAAAUGUUUUACAUACAAAUCACUUCUUGUAAUACAUAAGAGAAUACAUACAGGUGAGAAACCAUAUUCCUGUUCUGAGUGUGGGAAAUGUUUUACAUACAAAUCAACUCUUGAUGCACAUAAGAGAAGUCACACAGGUAUAUCACCAUUUCCAUGUUCUGAGUGUGGGAAAUAUUUUGCACAGAAAUCACAACUUGCUAGACAUCAAAGAAUUCACACAGGUGAGAGGCCAUUUCCAUGUUCUGACUGUGGAAAAUGUUUUGCACAGAAAUCACAUCUUUUUGCACAUCAGCAAAGUCACACAGCUGAGAAGCUAUUUCCAUGUCAUGAGUGUGGGAAAUGUUUUACACACAAAUCAGAUCUGGUUAGUCAUAACAAAAGUCACACAGGUGAGAAGAGAUCUGGUUAGUCAUAACAAAAGUCACACAGGUGAGAAGGCAUUUUCUUGCACUGAGUGUGGGAAAUGUUUUACACGGAAAUCACAACUUGUUA